UUCAUUACAAAUGAAAGAAAUAUAUAUUUUCCUUUGUAUUUCAGGUUUGAGCCAAUUGAUAGCUAUUGGAUAGAUUGUUGUCACCAUGCCUGAUGUUGAGGUGUUUUCACAAGUGACUGCUUUCCUGUCAGAUUCUAUUGUUGAACUGAUUCCUGGUGACAAAGAAGAUUUCCUUAGCAACCAGUUGGGGUCAUUGAGUGUACUUGUGCAUCAGCAGCCAGAUAAAAACUUACUCUGUCUCACCGGAAAGCUUGAAGCUAUUUAUAGCUCAAAGCAAGUGUUAGAAAACAAGCUUCUGUUCAAGCAUUUUUAUGAUCAGACAGAAAGUCCUAAAGAUAGUUUCCCUAGUAACAGAAGUGUAUCUUCAGAUAUACAAGUAGAUGUAAAAGAAGAAAAUGUUGAAGGUAUUUCAGCACAGUCAGGAGAACCUGAUGAUGGAUGCCAUAGCAACAGAAGAGUAUCUACAGAUUUAGAUGUAAAAGAAGAAGUAUUGGUAACACAGUUGAAAGACAUUCAUAAAAACAUUAAAGAUGACCUGAUAAAAAAGGUCCAAAAACCCUCAGAUAUCAGUAAUAAAGUCUCUAAAAAAGAUGUCAAAGUGUUCAUUACAAAAAGUGGAAGGGAGAUAAAAAUACCAGCAAAUCUUUCCAACUAUAAAAGUACAUUGCUUGAUCAGGAUGAUAAUAUAGACAAUGCAGAAAAUGACUUUUAUUCUGGCAGUGUGCCAAAACGAAGAUCCAAAAGAAAAGUAGGAAGACCAAGAAAAAUUGUUAAAGAAACAAAGCUGCCAAGAGCAGACGAGAAUGAUGUAGAUAAAGUGGAUGAUGUAAAAGAUGAAAUUAAAGAAGAAACGGAGACCACUGUUGGCAAUGUGUAUUUAAAUAAGGGGGAGAGAACCCAGAUUAGGAAGAAAUAUAUAUAUGAAGAGGCAUUGCUCGGAACGAAAGGAAUUAAAAAGUAUUAUGAAGAUCGACUACCGUUUAAGUAUUUCUGUCAGGUUUGUUCGUUUAAAAGUAAGCGUGAAAGUCAUUAUGUAAAACAUACUGAGCUUCAUGAAAAGAAUCCCAACAUGAAACUGUAUAAGUGUGAUAAAUGUGAUUUUUCCGCAAUCCGGAUCAGUGUUCUUCAGCGUCACUCGCUUUCACAUAUCUCCGACGAUGGUAAGAUUUUAAAAUGUUCCGAAUGUCAAUACACAACAAACAAUGCAACAUUGUUAAGACUGCAUAAAAAGCGACAUAUUUCAAAUAGACCGACACAUUCAUGUAAUUUGUGCAGUUUUUCAACAAUUUAUAAGAAAAAGUUGCGAAAACAUCUUGAAAGUCAUGAGGGCUCAGAGGAAAAUGCAAAUAUUGCGGCUAAAACAUUUCAGUGUAACAGAUGUGUAUAUAAGACAACAAACAAAUUGAAUUUACAGCGCCACCAACAAGCAGUACACUUGAAUCAAAGACCACAUCUAUGUGAUAUCUGCGGAAUGGCAUUUAAAAGAUGCCUUAAAAGGUUCACAAAAAUCCAAAAGAAGGCCCAUGUAAAGGAGCACAUGUCAGUGCAUACAACCGAACGCUCAUUUCAGUGUCAUAUCUGCGGCCAGAUGUUUAAAACACGUCAAGUUCAACAGCGCCACCUACAAGGCGUUCACCUGAAGUCCAACUGGCAUGAAUGCUCUCGUUGUAAACGAAGCUUUAGUUCCAAGUAUACGUUAAAACAUCAUCUCCGUCAACAUGACGAUGAAAACAAUGUCAAUUUACAAGGAAACGUUGAAGCGAAAAGAAUCUAUGACCAUGUGUCACAUUCCACCGUGGUUGGUCAGCAAGAAGAUUAUGUUGAAGGUCAAGGUCAGGAGGUCCUUGACGAAAAUGCCACAGCUAUACGAACAAUUACAAUAGCCCCGGAAAACCUUGGAGAGUUUACGCAGCAGCUCCAGUCUGUGUCCAGUCAGUUACAGUCGAGUCAGGAUAUCGGAGAAGUGUACAUUCAAGGUAAUGAAAAUAAUGCAAGUUCUUUAAAUUGUAAUUGACUUCUCCUUAUGCAC